GAGGAGGUCACUAUAGUCAUUUUGGUGGAAACAGAGAAUUAGAAGUGCUCUUUCCCAGUAGGCGACUAUCCAAAUUCUCAACUCUCACAGGCACAACUGAAGACGAGACAGGAAGAUGGGUGGGGGAAUGGAGUACAACAAGAACAAGUGGAUCGAGGAAUGGGGAACCGCAAGGGAGAAUCUGGAGCUCAACUUCCGUUGGAGUCGACGAAACCUGGCGCUUGUAGGUAUCUUCGGUAUCGCCAUCCCUGUCUUGGUUUACAAAGGAAUCGUCAAAGAGUUCCAUUUGCAUGAUGAUGAGUGGGGCAGGCCACGCACAAAGUUUUUACCAUAAAGCAUUUAGAGCUCUGUAAUAAUCUUGGAAGGAAGACAAUUAAAUUCUUCCUAGGUGUAUCCUCAGCGAGUUGAUUUCUGUUUUUGAAUUCUUCCUAGGUACCCUCAACUUGUCAAUUUCUGUUUGGACUAAUUGUUUCUCAAAAUAAUUUUGGAGAUGUCCUUUGAAAUCUCAACUCUUGGUGGCUUUCAAUAUGGUUAUAUCUCAUGAGUGGUAUAUGAACUUUGUCUUGA